UUUUUUUUAUAUUUAUUAUAUGUAUACUGGGCUUAAUAAUAUACUCGCAAAAUUUAUUUCUAUGCAUUAAACCGAAUUUACUAAUCCCACUAAUAGUUAUAAAAUAUCAGUUAACAACUAAAUAAUUUUAUGACUUUAUAAGCAUACAAAUUCUGCAGAUAAACUGAUAAACUUUUGCCCGUGUUUUGGUAUAUAAAGUUUGUAGAUGGAGUAAAAAUUAAACAGUGUGACUAAAAUGUUUCGUCCAAUCGCAUUUCUCAGCCUGCUGGUCAUUUCCGCGACCUUUGAAAUUAGGCCAAUUGUCAAAGAUGGUCUGCCGGGAUUUACGGAUAUUACGACAGCGCCUUUCAUCAAAAUUGGAGAAGGUUAUUAUUACAUUGAGACGGAGUUGCAGAGGAACUGGUUUGAUGCCUAUGAAACAUGCCGUCUAAUUGGCUCAGAGCUAAUAACAAUUGAUACAAUGGAGGAAUGGGAUUUGGUUAAUCAGUAUCUCCAGAGGUAUGAAAAUAGAAAAUCAGCCCUACUGGACCUCUGGAACGGAUUUGGCCAAUGA